CUCGACGCACAUCACACUGAAUGGGAACAUGUCGCAGGACACUCUGGGAGUUCACCUGCAGAUCCUGCUGGCGGUGGGUCUGGCUGUGCUCUGCUACUGUCUGGUUCUCGGCUGCAUCCUUUGCUGUCGCAGAAGGAAGAGCGCUUCAUCGGAGGACAAGGAGGCAGUUUUCUCGUCUGCGCAUCCUGCCAAGAGGGUGACUGUGACAUUGACUCCCUCUCCAUGUACCCAGCCUGUCAAGCAGCAGUAUGAGGAGCUGGAUGGGGACGUGCUGGAAUUCCCUUCCUCUAAAAGCAGCUCCUCUCCCUCUGAGGAUGACCUCACUGCUCUGCCCUUUGACCCCAGCCCUACCAGAUCAGCUGAGCUGGUGCAGUCUCCUGGGACUUCUUUUCCGAUGCGGCGGCUCAGCACCCCGGCUGUUGCCUGCUCGCCCAAUAAACGUACAAGCCAUGGCAGAGCCUCUCUGCCUUCCCUCACUAAGCUGAGCCUGGUGUCCAAGUCCCGUCGUGCAAUGGGCCGCCGCAGCACCGUGAGCGGAGAAAGUUUUCUUUACAGUGAGAGCAGUCAACUGACUGCUGGUGCUGCUGGAGCUCCCGCCCAGCAGGGGGAGCCCUGCCUACCACAGUAUGGGUCCAACUCUCUCUCUAUCCCUACCAAGCCGGCUCCUCUUUUGCACUUCUCCUUGCUCUUCUCCUCAGCUUGUGGCACCCUGGUGGUCAACAUCCUGGGGCUCUCUGGUGCCAGCCGAAGGCGCAGCGGGCUGUUUGUCCGGGCCAGCCUUCCUCCCCUCUGCCCCUCCCCUCAGCAGAUAGCCUCUCGGCGCCGCAGCCUCAGCCCAGACCUCCACAGCCAGAGCUUCGUGCUGCAGGUGGGCUCUGUGGAAGAGCUGCGCACCUGCACUUUGAGACUUGCUGUCUACAGCAGGGACUUCUCAGGCCUAAGAGAGGCUGCGCUGGGGGUGGUGGAUCUGCCCUGUGAGGAGAUGGAUUGGGAGCCUGACACCACAACCACCUACACCAGGCAGCUUAGCCCAACUAAAAGCAAGCUGAAAAAGAGCGUGAGUUCUCAGGAAACGCUCGGUCGCAGGAAGAGCUCGGUGUGUGCGCCACGGGCACUGGGCCAGCUGUUCGUCCUGCUGCAGUACCAGACGCUGGCCCAGCGCAUCAAGGUGAUGGUCAGAAAGGCUGAGAAUCUGGCCAAGCUCACACGGAUCCCAGGAGCUCCAGACCACUACGUUGUUAUCAAUCUGCGUCAGGAUGGGAAAGUAAUUGGCACGAAGGAGACCAAAGGGGCCAGCGGUCCAAACCCCAUCUGGAACGCUCCAUUCCUGUUUGACCUGCCCUCUGGUGACAUCACUCAGCUACCGUUGGUCCUUGAGUUUAUCGUUAUGCAGGGCCGUCUCUACACCAAGAGCAGUAUUCUGGGUCGCGUGUUGAUUGGCAGCAAUGCUUCGGAGGCGGGACAGGGACACUGGAAGGAAAUGUGCAGCCGGGGGCAAACGGAGACGGCUCGCUGGCACGCCAUUCAGUCAGAUGUGCUGUAGGACAGAUGGACUGCGCUGCUGUCCCUCCGCCGCCCAGAGAGGUGGAGUUAGGUGGGGAUAACAACAAGUGGAAUAACAAGUGUUUAUUUUUAGAUCUGUUGUGGAUUUUUGGUAACUAUGGCAACCUUGAUAGUUUCCCAUGUCAUUUAUCAACACAUGACGUUUAUGAAUUAACAAGCGCUGAUGCUGGUUUAAGGAAAGACGUCCAUCCGUCAAAGAUAAAUACGGGCCGUGAGUAUCUACAGAUCUUAAGAGGGAGAAGCACUGCUCACAGUGUGGAGGCGGGAUGUGCCGCAGCUUUCUCCAUGUCAACAGUAUUCUGCAUCCCAGCAUUGCCUUCGUCAUUAUCCACUGUGACUUCUAAAAACUGUAGUCUGGUUGUAGGCAACUAGUGCUGACAUAGUGGUACCGUGUGUAUUGUGCCCAGAGGUUAAUGUUGACUAGGACUUGAUGGAUAUCCAUAAAUGUGCAAAGUUACUGUGCAUAUAUGUUGCCACUCUGCUCGUGGUUUGCUGUGGUGUGUUAUACUGUGCCAGUAUUUGUCCACAUACUGUAAACACCUCUCCUUACUAAUACUGUGUGUAUGAGGCCAUUACAGUGGCCUCCCUUUGUGUGGCAUGCCUGCUGAAUUAUUGUUUUAUUUUGUUCAGUUCCCAAGAUGGAAUGUUUCUUUUGGUCUCUUUUCAUCCACUGAAAGCUACAAACUUAUGGGAGCUCGAUGAUGCCACAGCUUGUGUUCGUAACGACUACUUUCCAUGGCAUUCAAAUGGAAGUUUAGACUAAUUGACUGAUCUAAAAGUAAGAAGACACUUUGAAAGCAGUCGAAAUUGAGCACAAUUGAAUCUACAAGAUUAAACAUUGUUAAAUGCUGUGUAUAUUAAAAGAGCCACUUUAAACGGUUAUUAACAUUGUGCAAUAACCAAAUUGCAUUUUAAAUGCAGGUGAAAAAAUGUUGCACUUUGCGCCAUGUGUCAGGGUUUCCAUUUUGUGGAAAACAUCCCUCCAUGCAUCUGUGCACUGUCAAUGAACGACCACUGAAAGUGUUCGUUUUUGCCACUUAUGGGCUCAGGUUGUUAUUCUAAGUGUCUGACGACAUUAUGGAAAAGAUCCCUGCAGAGAAUGACCUUUUUGUUAAAGAGUAAGAUAAUUUUUCUUUAAUCAGGUACAGAAGCUAUAUCGCUCUGGUCAAAAGCCACCAGACUCCAUUUACAGAAACAUUUUAACAUCACAAAACACACCUUGUUCAAACUUGACAGAACCAAAAUUAAACUCAAUAAAACCUUCUUGGUUCAUCUUUCGACUCUUCCAACAAUCACCACCAUCUCUGCUUUGGUCAAAAUAAAUCCCUUAUUCAUCCAAGAGAGGGAGGACACCAGAGAAGCAGCGGGCCAAACGGCGUGAAGAGCCAGAACAUUUUCACAUCUAACUUGUGAAUAAUUUUCUCUGAGAGAUUAUGACUCGAGAGAUUUAAAUAUGUCAGACUUGAACAGAUUAUCGCUUGAAAAACAGUUAUUAGUGGAUAUGGAAACCCUGCCGUGCAUUAUGAACACAUUAUCCUGUCAUUUCAAGGUGUGCAUUAAUAAAAUAAUAGUUUUAACCGACAAGUACUUCUGGUUCUAGUUGACAGGUCAGCUACUUAUGCACGUCCCUAAUGCUUACAUGGUUUUAAUGAAUGAUGUUCAGUUGCCUGCCUUUGGCCUGCUAAUGUGCAGUGAAUACAUAAUAAAAGACUUAUAUAAGAGCAAGAGCUUUAUUCAACAAUGAUCCACUGUGCUGCUGUGCAAAAGCAUUACUGACUCGCACUCCUCUACCAAACACUGAACUAAACACUACACACCAUGGCUCCCUUGCUAUGGGAAUUUAUUAUUGAACACAAUCUGCAGCAGUCAUCUCAAUACAAGCCAGGCUCCAGUGAAGAAUAGCAUUAAACCUGAUUGCAUGAUGACAGCCAGACUGUCCUGAGUUUUUUCUGCAGUCAGUGUAACGCUUUUAAAUAGAAACUGCAAUAGAUGUGCAGAUCUCUCUAUCUGUCUGUUUUAGACACACUGGCAUGGAGUAAAUAUAAGGGGAUCAAAAACCAACUCAUGAAUUAAAUCAUCAUCCAUCAUUCAGUCAAUCAAUGCCAAAUUUAUCAUAUGUCUUCUUUGGUUGGAUAAUUAAGUUAGACAACAAAAACAACUGUCAGUCAGUGGGAACAGGAAUAUUACUUUUUGUCCUCUUUUUGUACGUGAGUCAAACAUUGUCAGCAUAAAAAACAAAGAGUUUGAAGGCUGACACCACAGAGUCCAGACUAAAGCAGAAUAUCAUCUGGCACCUGCUCUAACAAAGUGAAGGCGGUGUGAACAGAUCAAUUCUUAGCAUUAUUUAAGUGUCAUCAUGGCAGAAAAUAUAAUGUGUAUUUAACACUAAGGUAACAUGUUUUUGGUUUCUAGAAAUGAACUGUGUUUGUAUUAAUUGUAUAUUGACCAUGUAGAUGCCUGCUGGUGGCAUGUAUUGUCAACUGUAUAUGAAUGUCUUUGCUUUUAAAA